AUGGCUGCUGAAUGGGCAACCGCACUGCGCGCUAGUGUACAUCGUGGGCGCGGGGGCGCGUGCUGGGGCGCGUGGUCACCGCGCUCUGGACUUGGUCAGCGACGGCGGUUAGCAUGUCCGGUCUUGGCGCUGUCCCUCAACAGUGUCCAUCCAGGAACGCCGCCGCCGGCUUGGAUAGGGCUCACCAGCAGCAAGGACCUCCUCCGGAGCUGGAACGCGAGGGCGAGGCUUCCGCCUGACAUCCCCCGCCAUGUGCCCCGGCGACAACAGCAGCCGCCCGCGGCCGUUGCCGACGCGCCGAGCACGACGAGCGCCGCGCCGACGGUGGCCACGGCACUUCCCGAGAUCGCGGAACACCAGCGCAACGCGGUCCUGACCCGGUCUCGCUCCGACAGCCGCCUCGUCGUCCGCGGAGGCGCCGCGAGGAAGCCGUCGUCGUUCCGCGGCGUGUGCUCGCUGCCGCACAAGCUGCAAGGCUCGCCGGUCCACAAGGCUCUCCGCGCGGCUGCCCGGUGUCCGUUACCAUCAGCGCCGUCAAAGGACGGAGGAACUGGCGAUGCCAUUGCCGGCGACACGGGCGGUGGUGGCUUCAAGCACCCGAAGAACGGCAGGGAAAUCGUGGCGAACGGCCAGUUGAACGAAGCCCAGCGCACCCGUGCGCCGCAGCCAGAGCCAGCCGGUGCUGGCGGCCGGGGCGGGCAAGGGCGACGAGAAACCGGUCGAGAAGAGGAGAACACGGUGGCUGAGGAACAUCAAGCUAGUCGCGUCUGCGGCCGGGCUCAGAACCGACAAGGAGAAGCAGGACAGCGAUGGCGGCGGCGGCGGGAGCCGACGGCACGGACGCCUUCGGUGACCAUGUCGAAGUCGGCGUCGGCCCACACCGCCGUGUCGUCAGCCUCCACGGGGCCCGAGCGGUUCAAGGUGCACCACUACGGCAAGUCCAGCCGGGAGCUGACCGGGCUGUACAUGCGGCAGGAGGUGCACGCGCACGAGGGCUCGAUAUGGAGCAUCAAGUUCAGCCCCGACGGCCGGUUCCUCGCCAGCGGCGGCGAGGACAGCGUGGUGCGCGUCUGGGAGGUCUUGAACGUGGACGCCUCCUCGUCCGCCGUGGCGCAGGAGCUCUCCACCUCCCUUCCUCCGCAGACACCGGCUGCAUCCACGGACGGCGGCAGGUCAGCGGCGUCGCCCGGGCUGGCGGCGCAGUUGUCCGGGAAGGUGAGGAGGGGGAGGAGCAGCAAGGACGUGCUCCCGGAGCACGUCGUCGUGCCGGAGUCCGUGUUCGCGCUCGCCGAGCAGCCGUCGUGCGCCUUGGAGGGCCACCAAGACGACGUGCUCGACCUGUCGUGGUCCAAGUCCCAGCAGCUGCUGUCGUCGUCCGUGGACCACACGGUGCGGCUCUGGGACGUUGUCACCAAGACGUGCCUGAGGGUGUUCCCGCACAGUGACUACGUUACCUGCGUGCAGUUCAACCCGGUGGACGAUGGCUACUUCAUCAGCGGCUCGCUUGACUGCAAGGUGCGCAUCUGGAGCGUGCCGGACCGGCAGGUCGUCGACUGGAGCGACCUCAACGACAUGGUCACCGCGGCGUGCUACACCCCAGACGGGCAGGCUGCGAUUAUUGGGUCGCACAAGGGGAGCUGCCGAUUCUACAAGACAACAGAUUGCAAGCUUAACCCGGAGGCACAAAUCGACAUGAGCAUAACAAAGAAACGCAGGUCGCAGGCCAAGAAGAUCACAGGAUUCCAUUUUGCGCCGGGGAACCCGUCAGAAAUCUUGGUGACAACGGCGGACUCGCAGAUCCGGGUGUUCAACGGCAUCAGCGUCCUCCAGAAAUUCAAAGGCUUCAAGAACACCAGCAGCCAGAUCUCGGCGUCCUACACCGCCGACGGCCGCUACGUGGUGUGCGCCAGCGAGGACUCCAACGUCUACGUGUGGCGCCGUGUCCCGGGCAGCGUCAGCGGCGUCGGCGGCGGCGGCACGGGCGGCAGCGGCAGCAUCAGCGUCAGGGCCAAGACGUGGCUGACCAGCCGGUCCUACGAGUACUUCUUCUGCAGGGACGUGUCCGUCGCCGUGCCGUGGCCCGGGUCGCCGUCGUCCUUCCCGCCGUGCGACGCGUCCCGGGGUGGCAACGGCAACGGCAAGAGCGACACGCCCAGGAAGCAGCAGAGCUCGUCCCGCCGCGACGACGUCGUGGGCGGCGCCGGCGGCGGCGUACCGCGGGUGACCAAGUCCGGGCCGAUGACGUACCACGGCUGCGGGCAGCUGCACCCGGAGCUGUCUCGCCGCGAGUCGCAGUCCUCCGCGCGGUGGCACGGCGGCGCGGAGGGCGGCAACGCGUGGGGGAUGGUGUUGGUGACCGCGAGCCGUGGCGGCGAGAUCCGGGUGUACCAGAACUUCGGCCUGCCUUUGGCCAAUCUCUUCCACUAA